AUGUCAUCCACACCUGACCACAGUGUUGAUCAAAUUGGCGGAUCAAUUAUUAAAGACUUUGAUCUACUAGCAAUCUCCCACCAUACCACGCCCACUCCCCACCAUGCCACGCCCACUCCCCACCCUGCCACGCCCACUCCCCACCCUGCCACGCCCACUCCCCACCAUGCCACGCCCACUCCCCACCCUGCCACGCCCACUCCCCACCAUGCCACGCCCACUCCCCACCCUGCCACGCCCACUCCCCACCAUGCCACGCCCACUCCCCACAAUGCCACGCCUACUCCCCACCAUGCCACGCCCACUCCCUACCAUGCUACGCCCACUCUCCACCAUGCCACGCCCACUGCCCACCAUGCCACGCCCACUCCCCACCAUACCACACCCACUCCCCACCAUACCACGCCCACUACCCACCAUGCCACGCCCAAGACUCGUGAACCAAAUAAAUUAAUUUCUAAUGUGCCUUAUUUUCUCUCUUGUUGCAGAGUCCGAGACAUUGCACCAACUCUCAAGGCAACUUCCAGACUCCAGCGGUGGGCAGGGCGUUUACUGCACUCCACACUUUUGCUUUAUCUUGAAUACAAGAUCCUGUUCCAGUUUGUGACUCUCGUGGAACAAUUAUCCAUUAAAAUUAUCAGUCUAAGGUCACUUGUUUAG